AUGCGUGUUUGCCGCCCCUACCCGCCACCGCAGCUCGACUACUGCGGUGAGGCCGCGGCGUGGCGGCGUGAGUCGGCGCCGAGAUCGAACAAGGUGCGGAACACUGCACUUGAAAGCUUGCAGAAACUCCAAAACCAGGCGGUGUGUGGCGCGCAGACGCGCAAAUUCGGGCGUCCCGCGGCAAUGGACGCCGUGAGGAUGGCGGAGAAUCGCGAGGAAACCGAAAAUGUGCGCGGGCGGGCAGGCGGCGACGCCCUACAGAGGACGGAGCUCUCUCUCGCCUGA